CUGAGAAUAAGGUCUUGGAGGCUAAACGAGGAUAUUAUGGAAAAAAAAUGAGCACGGUUGGCUAAGUACGGUGCAAAAGAAGUUCAACAUACAUACAUACGAACGGCAGUUGUCAAUUUGACCAAUUCAAUGCAUCAUUGCCUGUGGGAAGGUGUACACAUGGCGGUUCUCCCAGUCAACGCCCAUCAUGAGGACCGACCACGUGAUGAUGAAGAAUAACUCCAGGAACAGUCGAACACAAGCGCCGGCCCUUGUCGGCACUGAAGUUUUGUGGACAACGACGGGGGACACCGCCGAUGCCUGCCUAAGUCCUUCGCUGACUACAUUUCUCAGACAUGGGCUGCGGGUCAUCGAGGAAGGCCUUGGUGGGGCCCGGGGAUGAGCAAAACGUGGCAUGGAAUGACAAGCGAAGGGUACGCGACGUAUCCAACCAAGAACACCGUGACCUGGCUGUCCAUUCUGCGCAUCGUCGAACGUUCCGGAAAGUGCGCGAGUCCAAGGUGCAGGAUGAGGAUCGUGGAGCAUCGGCCACGUCCGCACACUCGGCCGUGACGGUGGACAGCGGCCUGGGCUGCGAUGACAGAAAACCCCCCGGGGAAGUUAGCAGGCGGCCACUCGAUGGUCCGAUUCCCGGGACCAUGCCCCGUGCAGCUGCCAACGACAUCCUGGAGGAGCUGAGGGCCCAGGGUCUCAUCCAGAGCACCCCCCGCGUGGUGCGGGGGGGCCAGGCCUUUGACGUCAUGGUGACGGACGCGCCCUCGGGUCGUCCUCCCGCCCGACUCGAGAGGCUCAUCCUGAGCGCGGGCAGCACGCGGGGCAGCGCGGGGGGCAGCGCGGGCGACGAGAGGGGGGCAGCAACAGCAGCGGCAGCAGCAGCGGAAGAGGCUGCGGCGGCGAGGCGCGCGGAGGCGCUGCGCGAGAGGCGGGAGCGACAGCUGCGGAGAGAGGAACGCGCGCGUCGCGUGCGCGGAUCCAGGGCGGUGGCGAUCGAGAUCCAGCACGAGCAGCACGCGCAGGAGGAGCAGGAGGGAUGAGUGAUUGAUGGUCGUGGUGGUGGUGGUGGUGAUACUGCGAGUUUACUUGUGUUGUCUUAGAACGAUGGUGAUUUGAUAUACUGGCUGACACUUGACCAAAGUGAUUGAUGAUGAUGAUGAUACUGCGAGUUUACUUGUGCUGUCUUAUAACGAUGAUGAUUUAAUAUACUGGCUGACAAUUGACUAAAGUGAUUGAUGAUGAUACUGCAAGUUAACUCGUGCUGUCUUAGAAUGAUGAUGACGAUGAUGAUAUCAUAUACUGGCUGACACUUUACCAAACUAAUUGAUGGUGAUAACGACUGGCUGAUGUUGAUAAUGGUGAUGUUGUCAUGCAUUCACCGACACGUUAUAAGUGUGGUUGAUGAGGAUUAUUAUUACGACGACGACGAUGAUGAUCGUGAUGUCAGAUACUAACCCACACUUUACAUGUGUGAUGAGUAUCAUUAUGGUGACGACUAUGAUGGCGGUGAUGAUGCAAUACACCGGUUAACACUUUACAAGUGCAAUCGUUGACGACGACGACGAUGAUGAUAUUAAAGGAGAGAGCGGCAACGGAAGCGGGGCUUUAUCGCCACUGGGGGGGGAGACAAAGGCGGUCGGGCGUGGUGCUGGCCACAGACCCCCUUGUGUACCUUGCCGGCCUUCAUAGCCGCUCGCAAACAGCGCGGCUCUGUGCCCCAAUAGCCGAUGAAAGCGAGAGAGGACCCGAACCUUCUGUUGUCAUGUACCAUAAUGUAUGCCGAUGAAUACGUUAAUAAAACGUGUAAUUAUGUUAAUUGGUGUUGUUCAAGAUGGGAGCCGUGGCGCAUUGGUUAGCGCUGUGAAUCCAGCGUCUUGAGUUCGAUUCCAGGCCACGGCGAGCAUCAGAUGCGAGUGAUACCCGAUCCUGUUUUGCCUCCCCAUCUCCCCUUCACCAACUUGAACCGACUUGCGUGGUGAAGUAUGGUCAACCCCCCCCCCCCCCCCUUCAACGAACGACACGAAUUGUGGAUGCUACUCUCACACAGCCGUGGAUCGGUGCAUUGACAUGGCAGUAACUUUUAUUAUUUGAAAAUUGUGCACUUUUAUCACGUGGUAUGCUCGAUGUAAUGUAAUAUUUAACUUUUAAAAAACAGGAGCUAGUUUUUUGACACAGUGUACUAACAAGUCUAUCAUCAUUCCGGGGUAGAUAAAGUGCGUACCGCUUUGUGGCGAGUCAUUAGCUGUCAUCUUCUGGGCAUAUUGGGCCUGCGAAGGGGCAAUUUCCACCACUGUCCCAGGGCGCUGCCCCAUUGCU